UUUGGAGACAGUUCCAGCAUUAAAUCAUAGUCCUCUAUAGUCAUGGAUGAUACCUCGGUCCCUCUCUUUUUAUUGAAAACGAUAAGGAAAAACUAACGCCUGGAACUUUGUCCUGGUGGACAAAACGAUGCAAAAGGUAACAUCUUUAUUAUUACUUAGGUUAAAGCUGUCUUUAGUUUUACACUUCUACAGAUGUGGUUUCUUGUCCUGGGGGAAGGGAGGUAUUUUGCUUGUAAUAAUAUCCUAAACAUUCCCAAAGAUUUUACUGAAAAUUAGAUUUUAUUCUGCUUAUGGAACUCUAGCCUAGCUGGGAACCAUUGAAGCCAUUGAGAUUUUAUUCUGAUUAUGGAACUCUAGCAUAGCUAGGAACCAUUGAAGCCAUUUAGAUUUUAUUCUGCUUAUGGAACUCAGGCAUUGUCAUCUUUGCAUGGAUGGUCACAUGAAAUUACUAAUGCAGAUUACAGACCCAACAUCCAAAAAUAUGUAACUUUUAAGGGGAUGAGUCUUCUAUACAAAGGGAGGCGUGAUAAAGAAAAUGAGUUUUUCUUUACUUCAUCUACUGGAUCAUACAUUCGUCACUCCAGAGUACUCAGAAAAUUUGCUGACGACUGAGGAGUAGAGAAUAUGCAGACCAGGUUGCUCCGUAGGCAUUUUGCCACGACUCUGGGAACUCUUUCACAGUUCCAGAACUGCACAAAAAUGAUGGCUCAUCAUUUGGGACAUUCCGCCAUAGUGCACGAGAAAUUCUACGCUCAGCCAAUUAUCGCCCAGGAACAGGGCAUUGUUUCCUCCGCCCUUGAGCUGGUGUCCCAGGGGGGGAACAAUCUGGAGGACUUUCCAGAUAUCCAAAUUCCAGCAGAACUGGAUGAAAUACUCAGAGAAGAUGGUUUAUAUGAGGAUGGUCAGGAUUCAAUUUCCCUUUACCCUGAUGAACUCGAUCAUUUCUUGGCAUCAAACAUAGAAGUUGAGGUUCCUGUUGAGAAUCAUGGUUUCCAUGAAGUCCUUGAUCAAAUAGAGAAUCCUGCAAUCCCUGAUCUCCCUUUCUUGUCAUCUUGCACAGAAGUUGACCCUGCGAUCCCGGAUCCUCCUGAGGUACCCGAUAAGGACAGGAAGAUAGAUAGGAAGGAAGUUCAAAGAUGGUCGAUGAAGAAAGCUGUUAAAAAGGGAACAGGCUUUGCGCUAUCUGAUGCUCAGAAGAAAACGAUUGACCAAUACUUCUCUAAAAUGUUCCAAGAAAACGAAGAGUUGACAAGGAUUGGAAAGCUCCAUGUACUACAAUUUAUCGCAGACGUAGGAGAGAUUGUUCCAGAAGAGAGAUGGAAAACUGUAGUUACCAGAGUCCGCGACAAUUUCAAAUAUUAUAGAAAAUCUGCACACUGAUUGACACGAUAGCUCCUAUAAUUUAAUUUUAUUGUAUUAAUUGUGUAAAAUAUGCUUAACAGUUGUAUAAACUCUGGAAUGCUACUGGAACCCUUGUGAAAGAAUGCCUUAUGCUCAGAUAUACCGGAGUAUGUCCAGUAAUGGGUCGUUGUACUGACUCUCAGGAUGUAUGUCCAGUUAUUUGACAAAGGUUUUGAGGUCUGAAGUUCAGAUCCCGGAAGAUGUUCACAUAGAAGACUUCAGGUUAUUGGUGAAACUAAUGGUUCUAAGGUAGCCUUCUGCAAUUUGAAAUAUGCUUGACACUUAUUUGAUUAUAAUGUGAUUUUAUUGUAUUAAUAUACUAUUAUGUAAAACA